AUGGAGUUUAAUUAUGACAAGGCCGAAGUAAGAGAAAUUGAUGAGUGCUGGGUACAACCUCCAUCACAGUAUUGUGCCAACAGAUGCACCAGAAUAAUGAGUUGCUUGAAUCCUAAUCACACAUGCUGUUGGACCUACUGUGGAAACAUCUGCUUGGACAAGGAAGAGCCCUUUAAAUCAAUGCUACUCCCCUAA